CUGGGCUCGAACGGGGUUGGAGCGCGCGGCGGCGGCGGCGGCGGCAGCGGCGGCGGCGGACAGACAGACUGCGGAUCGACGCACGGACCCAAGGAUUCUCGAGCCUGGGAGCUGGCGGCAGUGCUGUGCGCGCCGCCUGGCCUGAAGGGUGGCCACCUUGCUAUGUCGCUCGGCAUCUUCUGAACUAGGAAAAGCCCAAGGAUGUCCGCUCUGAGGAAGGAUUCCCCACCAUCUGAGGCCCGGCCAUAGUACUCCGUGAUUUCCCAGCAGCUUUGGAUCCCCAGCCUGCACCCUGCCAGCCAUAAUGGGGACGGCUCAGGUUCUGCCCGGCAUCCUGCAGAAGCAUUGCUGCAUCUUACCAGACAGGAACACAGAGUCUCAGUGCACGCUUUGCGGAGAGCCAGAGGAGGAAGAAGGAGGAGACUUGGCCCAGCCGGGCCUCAGCUUCCCGGGACCAGCAGAAGACGACAUAGACCAACAGUACUCAUGGUCUCCAACGCAGCACUUCAAUGAGGAGAGGUACUCACCCGCACCCAGGAACAUGAAAGGGUUAACUGGAAGCCGGAACCAGCCUCAGAUAUGUGCGGGCCAUACCUGCGGCCUGUCACCCCCAGAUGACUGCGAGCACCCCCACGAUCACAUGCACCAUGGGCCGGAUGUGCGGCAACCCUACCUUCUCAGCCCAGCUGAGAGCUGCCCGAUGGACCACCACCGCUGCUCACCCAGGAGCUCCGUCCACUCGGAGUGUAUGAUGAUGCCUGUAAUGUUGGGCGACCACGUGUCCAGUAGCACCUUCCCCAGAAUGCACUACAGUUCACACUAUGACACCAGGGAUGACUGUGCCAUGUCCCACACAAACACGAAGGUAAAUCGCAUCCCCGCCAACCUUUUGGACCAGUUUGAGAAACAGCUACCCCUGCACCGGGAUGGAUUCCACACACUGCAGUACCAGAGGGCCUCGGCUGCCACCGAGCAGAGAAAUGAGAGCCCAGGCAGAAUCCGGCAUCUGGUCCACUCUGUCCAGAAGCUCUUCACCAAGUCUCAUUCUCUGGAGGGGUCGUCCAAGAGCAACAUCAACGGGACCAAGAGCGACAGUCGGGUGGAGGACCACCACCACAGUCACCACUCUAAACACAGCAAAAGGAGCAAAAGCAAGGAGCGGAAGCCAGAGAGCAAGCACAAGUCCGGCGGGAGCAGCUGGUGGAGUUCUGACGACAACCUGGACAGUGACAGCACAUACCGGACACCCAGUGUGGCCACCCGCCACCACAUGGACCACAUCUCUCACUGCUACCCCGAGGCGCUGCAGAGCCCCUUUGGGGACCUCUCGCUAAAGACUUCCAAAAGCAACAGUGACGUUAAGUGCUCAGCCUGUGAAGGCUUGGCCCUGACGCCAAACACCAGGUACAUGAAGCGUAGCUCUUGGUCCACUCUCACGGUGAGCCAGGCCAAGGAGGCUUACCGCAAGAGCUCCCUGAACUUGGACAAGCCCCUGGUCCACCCAGAGAUCAAGCCUUCGCUACGGCCAUGCCACUACCUCCAGGUGCCUCAGGAUGAUUGGGGUGCGUACCCCACAGGUGGCAAAGAGGAAGAGAUCCCCUGCCGUAGGAUGCGAAGUGGCAGCUACAUCAAAGCCAUGGGUGAUGAGGAGAGUGCAGAGUCAGACUCCAGCCCCAAAACGUCUCCAAAGGUGGCCCUCCGGCCAGAGCCCCUGCUGAAGUCCAUUGUCCAGAGACCACUUGGAGACCACCAAACCCAGAGCUACCUGCAAGCUGCCAGUGAGGUGCCUGUUGGUCACAGCCUGGACCCAUCAGUCAACUACAACUCCCCGAAGUUCCGGUCCAGAAACCAGAGCUACAUGCGGGCCGUGAGCACCCUGAGCCAGGCCAGCUGUGUGAGCCAGAUGAGUGAAGCAGAGGUCAAUGGGCAGUUCGAGUCAGUGUGUGAAUCUGUCUUCAGUGAAGUUGAAUCUCAGGCCAUGGAUGCCCUUGACCUUCCUGGAUGUUUCCGAACAAGGAGCCACAGUUACCUUCGAGCCAUCCAAGCUGGUUACUCCCAAGACGAUGAAUGUAUUCCCGUGAUGACACCCUCCAACAUGACCUCAACCAUCAGGUCAACAGCAGCUGUCUCCUACACAAAUUAUAAGAAGACACCUCCCCCGGCCCCGAGGACCACUUCCAAGCCUCUGAUUUCAGUGACGGCCCAGAGCAGCACAGAAUCCACACAGGAUGCCUACCAGGACAGCCGUGCCCAGAGGAUGUCCCCAUGGCCCCAAGAUAGCCGUGGCCUCUACAACUCCAUGGACAGCCUGGACAGCAACAAGGCCUUGAAUCUGGCUCUGGAAACAGCUGCAGCUCAGCGCCAUGCCGCUGACACGCAGAGCAGCUCCACGAGGGCCAGCGAUAAGACGAUCCUGGUGUCCAAGGCUGAAGAGCUCCUUAAAAGUCGCUGUUCCUCCAUCGGGGUCCAGGAUUCUGAAUUCCCUGAUCAUCAACCCUACCCAAGGUCAGAUGUAGAAACAGCCACGGAUUCCGACACGGAGAGCAGAGGCCUACGGGAGUACCACUCUGUUGGUGUACAAGUCGAAGACGGAAAGCGACAUGGUCGUUUCAAGCGCUCAAACAGCGUCACAGCUGCUGUGCAGGCUGACCUGGAGCUGGAGGGCUUCCCUGGACAUAUCACCAUGGAGGACAAGGGCCUGCAGUUUGGAUCCUCCUUCCAGCGACAUUCAGAGCCCAGUACCCCGACCCAGUAUGGGGCACUGAGGACUGUGCGGACGCAGGGCCUCUUCAGUUACAGGGAGGACUACAGGACACAGGUGGACACUUCCACCCUGCCGCCACCCGACCCCUGGCUGGAGCCAUCACUGGACACAGUGGAGACCGGGAGGAUGUCUCCAUGCCGAAGGGAUGGCUCGUGGUUUCUGAAAUUGCUGCACACGGAGACGAAGAGGAUGGAAGGCUGGUGUAAAGAGAUGGAGAGGGAGGCGGAGGAGAACGACCUCUCGGAAGAAAUUCUAGGAAAGAUCAGGAGCGCUGUGGGAAGUGCCCAGCUGCUCAUGUCCCAGAAGUUCCAGCAGUUUUACUGGCUUUGUCAGCAGAAUAUGGACCCCAGCGCCAUGCCAAGGCCAACAUCGCAGGAUCUAGCUGGCUAUUGGGAUAUGCUGCAGCUGUCUGUGGAGGAUGUCAGCAUGAAGUUUGAUGAACUGCACCAGCUGAAGCUCAAUGACUGGAAGAUAAUAGAGUCACCAGAGAGAAAGGAAGAAAGGAAGAUCCCCCCUCCAAUACCAAAGAAGCCCCCCAAGGGGAAAUUCCCCAUCACAAGGGAAAAGUCCCUGGACCUGCCGGACCGACAGCGCCAAGAAGCCCGGCGUCGGCUCAUGGCAGCCAAGAGAGCCGCCUCCUUCCGCCAGAACUCUGCCACCGAGAGGGCAGACAGCAUUGAGAUCUACAUCCCCGAGGCCCAGACGCGGCUCUGAGGACCAGAGGUGGCCACGCGCGCCUGGUUUUGUUCUUUUACACAAAAUGCUUGUACAGUUUAUUGCCUACCUGGUAGUUUCUGUCUCACCCUCCACCGGAUUCACCCUUGCCGUGUUCUCUGCACCGUAGACAGUGGACACUCUGAUUCCUAGUUUGCUGAGCUCAUGGCAAGACUGACUCUGAAGGACAUCGGCUCUGAGGAACAGGCUUGGUGAGCCCUGACUUACCUCCCUGUUCGCAGAGGGCCGCCCAGUGGCCUCUUGAGAUGGAACCUAGCUUUCACUUUGUUAUUUAUAUUUUUAUAAAUUGUGUGAUUAACCAGAGGUCACUACAAACGGGUGCAUCUCCCCACUCUCGAGAGGCAUUAGACAUCCAAGUGGAAGGUGCUACAAUUCGAAGGGCAGGAAAGACAGACAAGCCUGUUCCCUCUCAUCUGAGUUACUCUCCCCAGCUCAGUUGCCCCAAGACCCUGCUGUCCUCACUGGUCCCGCCACCACAGGAAGCACUCGGUUCCUUGGUUGACAUUUGUGACGACAGAAGAGGGUCUCUCCAAGGUCCCCACCACGUGGUUCUCCAAAAGGAAAUGACAAGGCUGAACCCCACCCCACCCCCCAAAAAAAAUAUCUAGCAUAGAAUCUUUAUAUUCAAAGCUCAGCUGUAUGUUCCUCUAAGAGAGGGACCCAUGGAAAGGGCUGGCAGAAGCCCAGAGAAUACAAAGAGGGAAAAAACUAAGAAAUAGUCAUGGUAUUUUUAUCCCUUCGUAACCUAAACCAUUACACAUAGCAUUUUCUUAAACUUCAACUGCUUAAGCUACAUGUACUUUUUAUGUAUGUUACAUGCGUUCUCAAACUGCUAUCACUUGACUUUCCAGGGUACCUUUAAAGGAGUUUGCUUGUUUAUGAUGACAGUUGUGAUGGUUGUAAAACAUAUAAGAAAUAUGAAUGUGAGUGGUAAGUAUAUCAGUUAAAAUGGUAAAGAAGAAAAAAAAUUAGUUUAUACUCGUAUUUUUCCAGAAUUCUUUUGGUCCUAUGCAGUACUGCUGAAGUUAAGAAUAUAUUUCUUGCCUGUGUUAGGCAUGAAAAGGGGAGGGGGAAAGGCCAUGCAUGGUGAUUUCCAGCCGUGGAAUCUAAGAAAGGUUGUCAGUAGUCAUGACUCUGAGGGUGCUGAGAAGAGAAAAGUUGGCUCUGAUUAACAGGCUUUGUGUAAAUUAGAUUUACACGUUAAGAGGCGACGUUACCAGACAUCUGCACAGAAGUUCAGACGCCACACCGAGCGCUCAGACUGCCCAUGGCCCUGAUCUCAGAGGUCUCUGUUGUUCAGGUUCAGGCAGGGUCCCACCCCAUCCCAGGCCUUCCCUCUUAAUACAUAAGGAGCCCCAUGCACUCAGCCAUAGGAGCAAAGCUUUCGACAUCCCCUGUACCAUCUGUGUUCUUCUCGUGACUUGCACUUUAAACGGUCCCCAGGGCCCCCUCUGCAGCCUGACUGCAUCGCUGGUCACUGCAUGCGGGUACCCAUCGAGGCAGCCUUGCAGCUGGGUGUUGCUAAGACGACACCGGCCUCUUCCUCAUCCUCUCCAUUCCUCUACGCAUGGGGGGGCACGGUUGAUGUUACAGCAUGUCAAGCCUCAAAGUUUUACUUUUUUUUUUAAGCCGAGUAGUCAAGAAUUCCCUGUAAUAGCAAAAUCCUAUAAAUCGAGCCUUGUAUCUGGUAUAUAUUUUACCAAACAGCCUUAAAUAUAUUUGGAAGCAAAAAUCAUAUGAAUGUAUAUCCUUUAAAAAAUGCAAAAAAAAAAAACUCCCCAAAAUAUUCUUCUAUCACUGAACCCUAUUUCCCCAGAGUGUUCAAAGCAUUUUCUACCUAAAUAAAUACGUAAAUCCUGAAUAGUACAAUAAUGAUGCUUCCUCCUGUAUUCAUGCCACUGUGCUAAAAUAUAUAUAUAUUGUAAGCACUGGUACUUCAGACUUUGAAAGUGAUGUAUCCUAGAGGAACUAUCUAGAAGUAAUCAGAGGUAAGCAGGUCUGAUGUACACCCCCUAGCUGAAGGAAAUACAAAAAGCAAAUGUCCCUGCUGCCCACACCCGUGAGGUUUCUGGCAGCCUUCCCCAUCACUUCCUCGACACAACAUACAUAGAAACAAAUUGUAUCAUUAGACAAUCAUUGUUUGUCUUAAGCCCAAAAUUCUAUGGACCCAACUUGAACAAAGUAUCCAUUCAAUUUUAGUUAAUUAUGUUGCCUAUAUUCAUUGUUCAUCCGAUGCUACCCAAAGUCUUGGCCUAAACUUCCCCUAGCUGAACAAAACUUCCUUCCCUGAGUUGCAUGGUGGCCCCUCUUCAAAGUGAAAAAAAAAAAAUGUAUCCCUAUCUGGUUCACUAGGUUCCAAAGAUUAUUCGUUAAUGACCGAACAAACACGUGCUGCUAGUUCUGAUGGAGUGUUAGCUGUUCGAGUCCCCUCAUAAGUGCAAUACCUUCGGUUCUCAUGUGGGUGACAAGCCACCGUGGAACAAGAAGAUAAGCCAUGUUUACACUGCGUCAUCCGAGCAAAGGCCAGCGGCACUGGUCACGUGGGCACGCUGUUCCCUCCGGCUCCUUUAUAUUUCAGUUGCACUCAGGAGGGUCAUGGUGUGGAAUUCUCCUGUGGGCCUCUCAUCUCAUCCAAAAUAGGACAUUAAUGAAAAACUGGUACACGGACGUGGCUGUAACCCGGUGCCGUCCAUGUUGUCCGCCCCAGCACACCUGUGUUCCCAGAGAUGCCUCCGACAACCGGAGAGACUUGAAUGUCCUCAUUUCAGAAUCCCUUUCUCACACCGUCAGGCUGCUGUGGACUCUGCUGUGCUGAGCUUUCGGGAACAGUGGGAGAGAAGGCGCAGCUGAAGAGCAGGACCUGGGGGGGGGGGGGAGAACGAGACUGAGCAACACGAGUAUCUUCCAUGUACUUUCCUGCGCAUCUCUAUCUGUUCCUGUGGUGAUUAUCAUUGCCAUAUUUUUAUCGUCACCCUAGAACGGUGUAGAAAGCAGCCAACUUGUUUUAUACCAAGAAAUCACCUCACUGAAAAGGAAAUGCCCACACUUUUAACUUCAAACCACAUCUGAAGACUUCACACAUUUAAUAGGAAGUAAAUCCUUAGGGAAAAAAAAAUUACAAAUUAUUUGACUGCCUCAGAAAACGACCCAAAACAAGAAGCUGCAGAGUGGAGGCGAUCUUCCAGCCAGCCUUUAUGGAGAUGUCCAAGCUAUGAUUAGAAGAUCACCAAAAGUACACAAUGCAUAUGAUGGAUCCUGUUUCUUGGGGUGUCUGUCCCAGUGCACCCCAUCUUGAUUUCUGCCUUUGAUUAGCAUAUUGAGCACGCACUGUUUUUUAACCAUCCUAACUUAAAUCUGCUGCCUCUGUGUGUUCACCACACACCCCCAACCCCAGGGCCCCAAGGAAGAGAUUUCUGUGGAAAUAGUGAUAUCAUGGACACAUGGCCCAAGUGCCUGGAGCAACCAUAGAACUCCCUGCCUUAGAAACAGCUGUCUGGUUUGGGCCAAACCUUUUUUUUUUUUUUAAAGAUAGAGUCUCACUGUGUAUAGUAUAGGCUAGCCUCAAAUUUGCAAUUAUCCUGCCUCUUUCUUCUGGGUGCUGGGAUUAUAGACAUGCACCAUCACACCCAGCCUUGAUCCAAAAUUUUGGGCAGCAGGGAUGGAGUGGAAUGAAAGACAGAGGCAUACAGGAUUUAGCGAUCUAUUACGGGAUAAUCAGGUUUGAGCCGGCCCUCCGGUGUCUCUGAAGACCUGGAAGCCAGUCACCCUUUGAGGGGCACACAGGUCGGGUCUCAGCUGCUUUCUCCCACAGUGUCGGUCACCUUGCUCAGGGUUCCCUGACCACAGCUCCAGGAUGUCCACAGGGACAGAAGCUCAGAAGGACAAGUGGCAGCUCAGAUAGACUCAGGCUGACAGGUUAGCAGGACCGAACCUGUUGCUGGCAGAGGAACUCCCGCAGAUGUUGGAGGCAGCGGCAGCAGUCCCCUGAGGACCUGUAUCUGGCUUGAAGGAAGCUGGCUGGCUGGAGCAAUACUGGGCAUGAGGGGGUACUGAAGCACCAUGCUCACCCCACCAGCUGCAGACUUGAAGCACACUUUCCCAAGUCACGGGCUUUAGUGUGCCCGCCUCACCCAGCCACUUUCUUCUCCAGCCUUGGGCGUCUUCAUGUUCUUACUGCAAAUUUAACAUAUGACUCCCUUCACGGUUCCCCCCGUCAUUUUUAUAGUUUUUCAAACUAUAUUUGCUGGAAGUUUCAACAAGUUUAUUUCUACCCACUCGCUGUUGAUACUUGCAAGUAGGUGUGGAUCAAACCCAGGGUUCUAAAUCCAGUCAACCGCAAGCUUAAGAGAGCGAGACUAGAAUGGCCUCUGAUUGGCAGUGGCCUCAGCUGCAUGGGUGAGCAAUGAACUUUGCACUAACUCAUCCCCCAUUACCACCUGUCAUGAGCACGCCACAUCAGCUGACGUCACCCCUGUGCCCUCGUGCUGCGUGUGCCUCCUGUGGCUAGUGGAAAGGUCCCACAAACUGAAGGCUGUGAACUUCCCUGUCAGGCUAGAUGCCCUCUACACGGAGUGGCUCCGGGAAGUUUGAGAUGUCAACAAGAAGGUGCCAGAAGCCCCGAGGCCCAGCCAAGCCGCCAGAAUUUAUGCAUGCAAUGGCUAGUAACCUGUCUUCACUCAGCCCCCCCCCCCCCGUUUUCUCUUCCAUGUGACGUUAGUGUUACGCUCCCUACCUCCCUCAUAGACAGACAGACACAAUGUAAGGACUGAUGACAUACAGCCUCUGGCAUCUUUAAGCUUAGAGGUUUAUGGUGAAUGUGUAUUGUUGCUUGGGAUUCAUCCUCUGGCCCUACUAUGUGUGCUGUGGUCCCACUCUGUGCAAGAGGCUGGUAGAGCCAGGCAGGGCACAAGAGGCAGGGACGUUUGCUUUAGGGUCCUGUCCUGCCUAGGCACAAGGUCAAACAAGAAUGCAGAAGGGCACAGAAAUGAAGUAUAAGUGCCAGGAACUUCUUUUCCUGCUGGCUGGGACUUCCGUUUCUAUAUUCUUCCACGAACAAGAACCAAUACCACCACCAAGAACUGCGUGACAUUCUCACCAUCUCGUCAGCUCAGCUCCCUCCUAGAUGAAAGGAACAGAUGUUAUCUGUACUGUGAUGUGAUGACAGUAUGGUAAACAGAAGGAUGUGCAUGUGACGAGCACCAGGAUGGACCCAGACCUGCAGCACAGUCGCUGCCGAGGUGUGGAUUCCGCCCCAAGCCCCCAUUCUGCCAUCAUUCCCCUGCCCACUGCAGAGAUGAGCACACACACACUCUGAGAAGAAGCCUUUCCAUUCUCACCACACCGAAAAACACCACUAUGUUAUGAGUUGUUGUCCUAACUCUGACGUUUUGAUCCAAUGUUUAAAAAAAAAAAAAAUUACCCUGCUUCCGUCUCAACAGCUGACAGCUGACUCCUUGAGGACAUAUUAGUUACCUACAAAACUACUACUUUUUAAAGGAUUUUGUAUACACACAAACCCAGGUAACAGUGGUUUACCUCCCAACUUUCUUAGAUUUUAGGAGACUCUUAAUCAUUGGUGCUUAUUCUGAAUUUGAAAGACUUGGGCUCCAAGACUUCCCAUGUGCCGUGCAAGAGAGAGGGUCACAGAGGAAGUUAUGGCAGGAUUCGUGAACACGUGUUUAUCUUUUGAGCAGUGGUCUCCGUGGGGGGACUCAGAUACAUGUCUGCAAAUUCAAGGAUGGAAGCCAAGGUCGGUUGUGGGACCUUAGGAAGCCACUUGUCCAUAACCCCUGUUCUUCACUACCCCACCCAACUCCAGCCAUCACACAAACUCGGUCACCUUCAAAGGGCUCCAGAGAAUUGUCACCUUCCUCCAUUUUCGGUUAGUUUGCUGCAUUCAGGAAGGUUUCCCUCCCCCAAUCAGCAUCGAGAACGGGGCUACUUAUUCCCAAUGAUAAGCCGGUUACCUCCGGCCAGGUACCCUUCUGUAGAGAGACAACCCUCUGCCCUCCCUCCAUACCAUGUGCCAAAAUACCCAGGUGUGGCCUAAGGACUGAGUUUAAUGCCUCCUAUAGGGAUUCAAGGAAUGCCAGAGCAGGAGACUAGCGUUUUAGUUAAAGGUUCAAAGUAUAUAAAUAUAUAUAUAAAUAAAUAUACAUACAAAAUAAUACCCACGAUGAGGAUCGACAGAGUGCCAAAUAUUCAAAUCUGUACAGAGUUACCUUCACCAGAACUAUUUUAUGUAAUUCUCUCACUCAUGCUUUUGGGGUUCUUUUGAUAAAUUCUACUUCCCAGCAUGCAGUACCCUAUCGGAUGUAUUUCUUGUCGCCGACACGAUUUCUUCCUUCUCAUUAAUGGUUUGUCAUUAUUUUAAGUCAUUUUUAAAAGACUGCUCAUUUUGUUUGUGUCUUCUUUCUUCUGUGACUUUUUUCUUUUCACUCUUAGGUGACCAUGGAAAAGCAUUGUUGUCUAGAACUCUUCGCUGGUAACUUCCCUUUCAUUUGAUGUCUGUAUCACCAAUAUUCACCUCCUGUAAAUAGUUCUGCGAUUAAAUUUUUUGAGAAAAGUA